GUCAUAUUUUAGGCAUAUGCUCGCCUUAUGCCCUGCAAAUGUACGGGCUACACGGGCUAGGAAGGUUCGGGUUAGUCCCGAGCUUGCGAGGGGGCUUAGGGUCAGGGGUUAGGGUCUGGGUUAGUCCCGGGGGGUUUGGGGGCAGUGAGAGCCCCCCGCAUUGGAAUAUAUUAAAGCAUAAAGGCCCUACGGGUUAGGGUUAGCCUAUGCCAAGCAUAUGCUAGAGUAAUAGCAAUAAUAAAG